AUGGAAAGUCAACAAAGAAUUUUGACUGAAGACUAUAGUGAAAUAAUACAGCGUCUUCCUAUUUCUCUAAAACUGUCAUAUGGAAUAGGACAUGUUUUAAAUGAUAUUUGUGCUUCUAUGUGGUUCACAUAUUUAUUAGUAUUUUUUCAUUUGGUAUUGGGUUUUAAUUCAAUUAUAGCAGGUGUAAUUUUACUUGUUGGCCAAAUAGCAGAUGCUUUAGCUACUCCUUUCGUUGGUUUUUAUUCUGAUAAAACUGAUGAAAUCUGGUUAUGUAAAUAUGGGAGGAGAAAGACAUGGCAUUUAAUAGGUACCUUAUGUGUAUUAUUUGCAUUUCCUUUUAUAUUUUCACAUUGUAUUGGAUGUGAAACUGCUCAUGAAUGGGCACAAGUAAUUUAUUACAUAGGAUUUGCUAUAAUCUUCCAGUUUGGUUGGGCUGCAGUGCAAAUAUCUCAUUUAUCAUUAGUUCCAGAACUUACACCCACUGAAUAUGAAAGAACAGAAUUGAUAGCUAUCAGAUAUAGCUUUACUGUUCUCUCAAAUAUUUUUGUUUAUUGCGUCACAUGGGCAGUAUUACAUAUAACAAAUAAUAAAGAUUCUAGUUCUAAAAUUGGUCCUGAUGAUGCAAAAAAAUUUCAAGAAGUUGUGUUUAUUGGAAUUGGAACGGGAAUUAUAACAUCUAUUUUAUUUCACAUUUUUGUUAAAGAAAAUCUUGUUAGUAAUUCAAAUGGUUCAUUACGUAGAAAUUCAAGAGGAAUAUUAUUAUUAUUGAAAGAUAUUCGAUUAUAUCAAGUAGCUUUUAUAUAUAUGCCUACACGCUUGUUUGUAAAUUUAUCACAAAUUUAUAUUCCUUUAUAUUUACAUGAAUCAUUGAAUAUGCCAGCUACAUCUUUAGCUAUAAUUCCUUUGAUAAUGUUUUUAAGUAGUUUUGUUAUGUCUUUAAUUGUAGAACGUUUGAAUACAAAACUGGGUAGAAAAAUUUCAUAUUGUUUAGGUGUUAUGCUGGGUUUGUUUACUUGUAUUUGGAUACAGUUUGGUAGUGGCUUAACAUACACAAAAUACCAAAUCUAUCCACUAUUUGUAAUAUUGGGGUCUGCUGGAUCCAUUAUGGUAGUGACUAGUCUUGGUAUUACUGCUGAUUUCAUAGGACAAAAUAUAGGUAGUAGUUCAUUUGUGUACGGUAUCAUAAGUUUUACAGACAAACUGUGCAAUGGACUAGCAGUUAUGCUUAUUCAAUAUUUAAGCUGUUGGACUAACUGUAAAAGUUACUACAGAGGUAUCUUAGUUUAUGUUUGUGGUGCUUCUAUAGUAUUUGGUGUUUUAAUGAUACUAUGUAUAAAACCAUUUUAUCAAAGUAUGGCUUAUAGUACAUUACAUUCUGAACAAACUACAGGACAUGAUACCACAUCUGUUUCUACUAUAGAAAAUGAACCUGAUAACUCAUUGCAACAAGAAAAUGUUACAUAA